UAAUGGGGUGGAGCGAGAACUGAGAACCUGCUAGAGUGCUGGGAAGCAAUUGGGAGAUGAGGGGGUAGUAAGGGAUCGGAAUAAUUCCUUCAGGAAAAAAUCCGAUUAGGCUGUAGCGAGGGUGAUAGGAAUCCCAGAUUGGGAGAAAAUAGGUGGAUUCUGGUGGGAGGGUGGGGAGACCUUGAAGAGACCUCUCUUGUGCUCUAGGACUCUGGAAAGAGGAGGGUAGGCGGCAGGAAUGGCUGCAAAGAGCAUAGUAGAGAGAAACUAAGGAAAGUUGAUAGAAGGGUUUGGGUGAGAUGUCAAGAAGCUGGUUUUUCUGCGAAGGGAUCUAGGCUGUCUGGAUUCCCAGGGGACCUGGAGAGUGUCCUGCCCUACACGUGGUCACAUUCAUCUAGGGCCAGGCCUUGGGCCAGUGCUGUAAUAGGGAAGGACCGGCGUCAUGGCUUGGUGGUGUCUGGAUGGGCUUCCUGAAGGCCUUGCUGAGCCAUGGAGAGAACUCUGGAGAUUGGGCUCACAGCCCCUGCACUGCAUACCUCCUUCCUCACCUCCGACCAGGAACAGCAGAGACUGUAGGAACUUAAGGAGGAGGGAAAACAUAGAUGACUGGACACAGAAUCUAGAGACUUCAAGUGAUGUGGAGAUGUUUCGACCUUCAGGUUCCACUGGGCUGAUUCCCCCAUCCCACUUCCAAGCUCGUCCCCUUCCAACUCUAUCAAGAAUGGCUCCCACCUGGGUCUCAGACAUUCCCCUGGUCCAACCCCCAGCCCAUCAAGAUGUCUCAGAGAGGCGGCCAGACCAGAGACCUCAAAUGAUAAUGUGGGAACAGGAUGUUUCUGGCAAUGUGCAGGAGCCAGGGCGGAGAGGCAGGUCUGUGGAGCUAGAGGGGUCACAGGCCUUGAGCCAGCAGGCUGAGCUGAUCUCUCGGCAGCUGCGAGAGCUGCGGCGACUUGAGGAGGAGGUCCAGGUCCUGCGGGAGACUUCGUUGCAGCAGAAGAUGAGGCUGGAGGCCCAGGCCAUGGAGCUGGAGGCUCUGGCUCGGGCGGAGAAGGCUGGCCGAGCUGAGGCUGAGGGCCUGCGUGCUGCCUUGGCUGGGGCUGAGGUUGUCCGGAAGAACCUGGAAGAGGGGAGCCAGCGGGACCUGGAGGAGGUUAAGAGGCUGCACCAAGAGCAGCUCUCCUCUUUGACGCAGGCUCAUCAGGAGGCUCUUUCUAGUUUGACCAACAAAGCUGAGGGCUUGGAGAAAUCUCUGAAUAGUCUGGAAACCAGGAGGGCAGGGGAAGCCAAGGAGCUGGCUGUGGCCCAGAAGGAGGCUGAGCUGCUGCAGAAGCAGCUGAGCAAGACCCAAGAAGAUUUGGAAGCACAGGUGACCUUGGUUGAGAAUUUAAGGAGAUAUGUGGGGGAGCAAGUCCCUCCUGAGGUUCAAAGCCAGACCUGGGAAUCAGAGCGACAGGAGCUUCUAGAAACUGUGCAACACUUGCAGGAGGACCGGGAUGGCCUGCACACCACAAUGGAGCUGCUGCAGGUGCGUGUGCAAAGCCUCAUGCACAUCCUUGCCAUGCAGGAGGAGGAGCUGGCCAGGAAGGUUCAACCUUCAGAUUCCCUGGAGCCUGAAUUCACUAGGAAGUGCCAGUCCCUGCUGAAGCGCUGGCGCGACAAAGUGUUUGCCCUCAUGGUACAGCUGAAGGCCCAGGAGCUGGAGCACAGAGGAUGCGUGGAGCAGCUGAAGGGACAGGUGGCAGAGCUCCAGGAAAGAGUUGUGGCCCAGAGCCAGGAGCAGGCCAUCCUGCAGCGCUCCCUGCAGGACAAGGCCGCAGAGGUGGAGGUGGAGCGGAUGGGCGCCAAGGCCCUGCAGAUAGAGCUGAACCGAGCCCAGGAGGCCCAGCGCCGGAGGCAGCAGCACACGGCCACAGCUGAGGAGCAGCUGAAGCUUGUGGCCAAUUCUGUCAGCAGCUUCCAGACCUGGCUCCAGAGCACCGUGGCUGACAUGGAACGGGCCACCACACGGCUUCCCAACCUCAGCAGCCGAGUCAGCUAUGCCGUCCGCAGAGUCCACACCAUUCGGGGCCUGAUGGCUCGAAAACUGGCCCUUGUUCAGCUGCGCCAGGAGAGCUGCCCCCAACCCCCACUGGCCACAGAUGUGAGCCUUGAGUUGGAGCAGCUGCGGGAAGAACGGAACCGCCUGGACACAGAACUGCAGCUGAGUGCCCAUAUCAUCCAGCGGGAGGUGGGCCAGGCCCGGGAGCAAGGGGAGGCGGAGCGGCAGCAGCUGAGCAAGGUCGCCCAGCAGCUGGAGCAGGAGCUGCAGCGGACCCAGGAGUCCCUGGCUAGUGUGGGGCUGCAGCUGGAAGCAGCUCGCCAGGGCCAGCAGGAGAGCACACAGGAGGCUGCCAGUCUCCGACAGGAACUGACCCAGCAGCAGGAGAUCUAUGGGCAAGCUCUGCAAGAGAAGGUGGCUGAAGUGGAAACUAGGCUUCGGGAGCAGCUCUUAGAAACAGAGAGGAGAUUGAAUGAGGCUCGGAGGGAGCAUGGCAAGGCAGUGGUCUCCCUGCGCCAGAUGCAGCGCAAAGCCACCCGGGAAAAGGAACGGAACCAGGAGCUCAGGCGCCUGCAAGAUGAGGCCCGGAAGGAGGAGGGGUUGCGGCUGACCCAACGCCUGCAGGAGCUAGAAAGGGACAAGAACCUUAUGCUGGCCACCUUGCAGCAGGAGGGUCUCCUCUCCUGUUACAAGCAGCAGCGACUGUUGGCAGUUUUUCCUUCCCUGCUGGAUAAGGGGAAAUCUGUGGAGUCCGGCCCCAGGGCCCCAGGGUCUUCAGCACGUGUGCCUCCAGCAGUAGCACCCACCAGCAGAGAGUCCAUAAAAGGCAUCUCAGGCAACGGAGACCACCCCUCUCACCCACCCAUGGAGGCUGGAGAAGAGGAUGGGUCCCCAACAUUGCCUCAGGGCCCCCCAAUCCCUGGUGACCCUUGGCCAGGGGCACCCCCUCUCUUUGAGGACCCUCCACCUCCUGGCCCCAGUCGUCCCUGGAGAGACCUGCCUGAAUCUGGAGUCUGGCCUCCUGAGCCCCCAAGAACCGAUCCCCCUCAACCUCCCCGGCCUGAUGAUCCCUGGCCAGCAGGACCCCAGCCUCCAGAAAACCCCUGGCCACCUGCUCCUGAAGUGGACCAUGGAUCUCAAGAGGAGCCAGAUCUUGACCCACCCCAGGAAGAAUACAGAUAGAGGGAUUCCCCAGAGGCAUCUCAGUGCCCUCCAAGCCCAUCUGAACCCUUCUGAUUCCCCUUCAGUUCUCCCCAAUUUAUUCUCCAUUUCUUUCCUCAUUCUUUCAAUUAAUUCUGAAUUCUCAGUAUUUCCUGUCCACUUUUGAGUUCCGCCCACAUUUCCCCACCAGUUUUCUCUGACAACUGAAGCAUACACCCCUACCUCAUGUCCAGUCCUCCCCCAGUACUUGCUUCCCAACUUCCUCUUUCCCACUCCUGCCCCACACUGUGUUUUCUGCUGCCGCCUGGUGGCCUACAGCUGCAAACUAUCAGGAGACCAAAACGGCGCUUCCAUGAAAUGGAAAAAUAAAAAAACCACAUGUUUUCUUAA